AUGCCUCCCAAACGGAAGAGGUCGGCAGUUGCAACUGCCCCAGCUAAUGCAGAUAGCCCUCCGUUACCCCCUGGCAGGUCUCAAAUUCGCAAAACAGAGGUGCCAUUGCCACCCAAUGUUCCAAGGCCAGCACGUCGCCAAUCAUCUCGUGGGAUUAAAGCUGAAAAGAUGGAUCCUAGUUUCAACCCUGAUAUUCUUGACGGAGCUGCUGCGUUGCGCGCUUCGCCUGAUGCACAUGAAGACGCACCGAUAGAGUCCGUCCUAAAGCCCCCAGUUAGCGACGGGGCGAAGGAAGAAAACAAUGCAUUAGACACGGAAAUGGCAGACAAAGAAUAUCCCUCGUCUGCUGCAAAAGGCGGCACGCCUGCAGCUUCUGCAACGAAGAACAGGCGAAAGAAGGCCGGUGCCCAGCAAAUCAAAGUGGAAGGAGAAGAAACCACCAAUAUCCGGGCCUCGGACGGUGGUACUGAGAACAGCGCGGUACCUGCAGCUGACACUGGGGUCCCCGGUGAUCCUGAAAAUGCCGACGGCGCAGAGGCGGAUGAGGGCGACGAGCUAGAGUUCAAAGAAGCCUUGUCGAGACCCCCACCCGUCAACUCUGAAUACCUUCCUCUUCCGUGGAAAGGGCGUCUUGGAUAUGCUUGUCUCAAUACGUACCUGCGCAGCGCCAAUCCUCCUGUCUUCAGUUCCAGAACUUGCCGAAUCGCGAGCAUCAUUGAACAUCGCCAUCCCCUGAGAGACCCCUCCCAGGCCGAACAUGCCACUAAAAACCGACCUGACAAAGAUCAGCCGGCGGAUGUUGCGCGAGGCAUGAAGUAUGUCGAAGAGAUAGGCCUCGCCAAUGCGCGGGACGUGAGUAAGAUGGUGCGCUGGAACGACAAGUACGGCAUCAAAUUUAUGCGGUUGAGUAGCGAGAUGUUCCCAUUCGCGAGCCACGAAGAGUAUGGAUACAGGCUUGAGCCAUUCGCGGCUGAUACGCUGCGCGAAGUGGGCAAAGUAAUUGCCGAGCUGGGCCACCGAGUAACCACUCAUCCAGGUCAGUUUACGCAGUUGGGCUCGCCACGGAAACAGGUCAUCGACAAUGCAUUUCGCGAUCUCGAGUACCACAACGAGAUGCUUUCUCUGUUGAAGUUACCAGAGCAGCAAAAUCGAGACGCUGUCAUGAUUUUGCAUCUCGGAGGAGCAUAUGGUGAUAAACCGGCUGCCAUUGAGAGAUUCAAGGAGAACUACGCAAAACUUCCUCAGGGCGUCAAGAAUCGACUGGUUCUUGAGAAUGACGACGUUGUUUGGUCGGUGCACGAAUUGCUUCCUCUGUGCGAGGAGCUCAACAUUCCAUUUGUGCUCGACUAUCACCAUCACAAUAUCAUUUUCGACGAGACUCAGAUUCGCGAAGGCACAAAGGACAUUAUGGAACUUUACCCUCGCAUUCUUGAGACAUGGCACAAGAAGGGUAUCACGCCCAAGAUGCACUACUCGGAGCCCACGCCCGCUGCCAUCACUCGCACGGCACGCAGAAAGCACUCACCUCGUGUUAUGACGCUCCCACCUUGUCCUGAUACCAUGGACUUGAUGAUAGAAGCAAAAGACAAAGAGCAGGCGGUGUUUGAGCUGAUGCGGACUUUUAAGCUACCAGGGUUUGACACUUUUAGCGAUAUCCUACCUCACACGAGGGGAGAUGAGAACAGACCAUGGAAACCCAAGGUCAAGAAGGCGCCCAAAAAGAGCAAGAAGAAGAAGAAGAACAUGGAUGAUGUAGAUGACGUUCAGGCAAAGAUUGAAGACGAUGAAGAAAAGGAGGAGGAGGAGGAGAAGCCUCCAGCAGUGGUCCCAGACGAGGAAGUGGGCAUGGGAGGGCCAGAGGGACGAGUGUACUGGCCUCCAGGAAUGGAGGACUGGCUCCGACCCCCAAAACGCAUUGUCAAGAAAAAGGAAGACAGCGGCACUAUACCAGCAAAGAAGAAGCGCAAGACGGCAGGUGACGCGGCGUCUAUGGCCAGUUCGUGUGGUCCAGUGGAAGAUGUCGAGACAGCGAUAAAGACGGCAGCCAAGAAGUCUGCGCCGGGUAAGCGGGCUGCAGCAAAGGGUACCAAGAAGAAAGCAGCAGCUAAGGCCGUGCCAACACCUUCAGCAUCUGACGAGGACGAAGAUCAGCUUAGCUCGCCCCCGCUCAGCGAUGUAGGGACCGAGGACGAGGCUCCUGCCGUGCAGAAGCGAGCUGCACGGGCUGGCUCGACACGGCAGAAGUCUAGCAGGGCCAGGGCUCGGGUAAGCUACAAGGAAGAGGACGUGGAGGAAAUCAACGUGUAA